AUGAUAAAAAGUACGGACAAAUCAAACUCUAAUGUGUUGGAAGAUUUGAAGAAGAGCAUUGAUCCAGCUAAGUCAAAUAUCUGUGUGAACUCUGUGAGGAGGGUGAAUAAUGGCAUCAUUCUUAGCUGUGAAAAUGAAGCAUCAUUGUCCAAGCUGAUGGCGAGUAUACAGGGAGAACUCGGUGCGAACUUCACUGUCAAUGAGAUCAAGAAAUAUCGCCCACGCAUGGUGAUAAAUAAUGUCGAAUGCGCCUACACAAAAUCUGAGGGAUUAAUCGAGAAGAUCUUGUCCUUGAAUGAAUUUUGUAUUUUCAGUAGUGAUGAUAUAUAA